AUGCUCUGCCUGCAUCAGGACGAAGAUGGGAAGGAAAUGUGUGAUAAACUGUCGUGUCGGGGAGGUAGGAGCCUGGGUGAGCAUAAGUCCAACAUCCGCUUUUUCACAAGCACGUGGGAAGGUGUCGCCUCUCUUGCAGGCUUCGUGGUCCAGGGCUCCAACGGCGAGUUCCCCUUCCUGACCAGCAGUGAGCGCCUGGAGGUGGUGAGCCGCGUGCGCCAGGCCCUGCCCAGGGACAAGCUCCUGCUAGCCGGCUCGGGCUGCGAGUCCACUCAGGCCACGGUGGAGAUGACGGUGAGCAUGGCCCAGGUCGGGGCUGACGCCGCCAUGGUGGUGACUCCUUGCUACUAUCACGGCCGCAUGAACAGCGCCGCCCUCAUUCACCACUACACCAAGGUUGCUGACCUGUCUCCAAUUCCCGUGGUGCUCUACAGUGUCCCAGCCAACACGGGGCUGGACCUGCCUGUGGAUGCGGUGGUCACACUUUCCCAGCACCCGAAUAUCGUGGGCAUCAAGGACAGCGGUGGUGAUGUGACCAGGAUUGGGCUGAUUGUUCACAAGACCAGGAGGCAGGAUUUCCAGGUGUUGGCUGGAUCGGCUGGCUUCCUGCUGGCCAGCUAUGCCGUGGGAGCUGUGGGGGGCGUGUGUGCCCUGGCCAAUGUCCUGGGGGCUCAGGUGUGCCAGCUGGAGCGACUCUGCCUCACAGGGCAAUGGGAGGAUGCCCAGAAGCUGCAGCACCGCCUCAUCGAGCCAAACACUGCG